AUGACUAUGGACCCAUUUCUGGAUCAAACUUCGCCAGGAUCUUCCUUUCACGACGCUGGCCGUUCUGAGCUUUUCGAUUGGAUGAUUAGCCUUGGAUUGAUUGACUUCUGGCGCCUCGAGAACCCGGAAAUGCUCGAGUUCACGGGGCCUAAGUCCAAGAACCGCAUCGACUACUGUCUCGCCAGUAUCGACUUUUAUGACAAGUUCAUCCGGUCUUCCAGUCAUUUGCUGGGGACCAAGUUUGGGGGGGCGGAUCAUGUUCCAGUGGAAUUUUCAGCUUCAUCCCACCAGCCUCCGCCACAUGACUCUCUGCCUUUCAAGUGUCCACCUUGGCUUCUCAAGUGUGCCCAUGUUCAAGAUCAUCUACACCGCGGCCUUAUGCGCUUAGCCACGGCUCUUGACCCAAGCAGGAAUCCCGGUUGUCUCUUGGACGAGCACAAACGGCGCGAUCGUAUUUUUCUUUCUCAAGAAUAUUUACGGCGGAAGAAUGCCACCGCUUGUCAGCUUCGGCAACUUCUAACGACAUCUCGCGAUUGCGAGAAGCUCUUUGCGAUGGAUCCAACUGAUUAUAACCGUCUUCAGCGCGAUCAAUCUCGUCAAGACUAUAUGGAUUUUUCGACGGCCCUUCGCGAGCGCAACGCUGCUUCCAAGUUUGAUUUGGAUGUCAAUUCUAGCGAACGAUCUUCGAAACACUUCUUUCGGGCUCCCGCUGCGGCGGACCUCAGGCUGUCGAUCUCGUCAGUCGACACGUCUUCAGGGUUGUCCAGGGACCCGUCUACAAUCCUUUUGACUCAUCGUCAAUAUUGGGGUACCGUUUUUCAAUCGGAUUCGCGGGACUUGGGGGUCGAACCUCAGCUUUUCGACUCUUCCAAGCUUCAAGAUAUUCUUUGUCAUAGCCUUCGGAAGCUCAAGUCGUCUCAAGCCUCUAUGCUCGAUGCGCCCAUUACGGCGAACGAUUUUUUCUUUGCCAUCAAGCACACGGCUCGUGGUAAAUCGCCGGGUCCAGAUGGACUUCCUGCGGAAUACUAUCAGCUUUUUCCCACUGCGUGGGCCCAAGUUUUGGAGCUUGUUUAUGCUGCCCAAUUCCGAAUGGGUCGUAUGUCCAAGUUUCAGCGUCGCGCCUACAUCUCUCUACUAUUCAAGAAGGGAUCAAGAUCGGACCCCAAGCACUAUCGGCCUUUGACUUUGCUGAAUCAAGAUGCCAAGUUCGGUCCUAAAGCUUUGGCUUAUCGCCUCAACCAAGUUCUUCCCAGUUUACUGAAUGUUGAUCAAUUUGGCUUCGUGCCUGGCCGUGACAUCCGGCACGCUCUCCGCUACUUUCAAGACCUUCAAGAUCACUGCCGACGGGCUAAUUCGCACGUUCCGGCUGGGGCUAUUUGUCUCGACUUUGCAAAAGCUUUUGACAGUGUCAAUUGGCAAGCGUUAGACCAAGUCCUUCAACAUUGGGGCUUUGGAUGGAAUUUUCGACAUUGGGUCAAGACUUUCUUUCGCGGAACUCUUGUGCAAGUUCUUAUCAACUCUUCACGCUCGGACUUCUUCAGCUUGGGGGCCGGCGUUCGUCAAGGAGACCCACUGUCGCCCGGUUUAUUUGUGCUCUUUAUUGAGCCUUUGCUGUGCUACCUGCGGGCAACGACAACAUGUUCUGCUAUCAAGAUUCGCAAUACCUCUCAUCAGCUUGUCAGUUUUGCUGAUGAUGUAACGGGUUUGGUGAACAAUCUUUCCCAUGCACCCAUGUUUCUGGAUCGCGUCCAAGACUUCUGUGCCGCCACUGGCAUGCGGCUAAAUGUCGACAAGACAGUUCUCUUUCCAUUUCGGCCAUGGACUUCGUCAGAUAUCAUCCUUCAAGAUCGUCUUCGGGCUUUAGGAGUUCGGAUUUUGGGAAACGCUGAACACACAACGCUUUUGGGUAUCGCGGUCGGGCCGGCUGUCACACCUCAACUGCAACUUUCUCAGCUUCUUCUGCGGUUUCAAAAACUAUGUAUUUCUUGGCGAUGGCGUGCUCGUACCCUGCGGGGUCGCGUACUUCUUCUCAAGACUAUGGUUCUCUCGACACUAUGGCAUUUUUUGGGUACCGUUGCCGUGUCGAAACAAGAUCUGCUCAAGUUCAAUCCGCUCAUGCGGAACUUCAUCAAUUGCACUCCGUCUAGCGCAGUGCACGACCCGGCUACAAGAGGUCAAUUUCCAAGCGUCUGGCAUCCCGUAGAUGCUUCGUCGGGCGGACUUGAUUUGCCUUCCGUUGCAACUUCGGUGGAACUCCUUCAAGUGAAUCUUCUUCGCCAACUCAUUCGUCGCUGCCGUCAAGACUUUUCAUCUUCGCCUAAGUGGUUUAUUCCUGCCCAAGCUGCGAUCGAUUCGGCUUUCUGUGGUCAAGGUUCGGGUUUGGACUUUCUCUACGUCCACCUUUCACCGUCGGCACAAUCAUCUCGCUGGCAAGCAGUUCCCGCGUAUUGGAGGGCUGCUAUUGCUACAUGGAGUACCAAGAUCAUUCUCAAGCUUCAAUGUGCGAACCCAGUUUUGACCAAGCUUACCUGGCCACUUUGGAAUAAUGUGUUCCUUCGCUUUACUGAGGAUAAGCGUACACUGGCAGUGCUCCAUCGGAAGGCCUGCAACUUUCUCAGUCAUCAAGGUGUUACGCGUACUUCGACUUUUCGCUCCGUUUUUGGCUGGCUUCCGGACGAGGCUACGCUUCGAGACUCGUUGAGCUCUUCGUCGAUUAAACCAGGCCGUUCUUUGACUUCGGUGGUCAACAAGCUGGCACCUCGACUUGCUUUGCCGGCUCAUUAUCAAGACUUUGCAAUUUUUCCUCUGCCACCUGAGUCCAGGGUCGCCGCGCUUCAUGUUUGGACGUUUGAUGGUGUUGACAUUGUCAACGUGUCCAACCGGGUUGUCAAGAAGCUACUGCUUAACCACGAUCCGCCGCCCCUACCACUUCUUCAACUUUCCGCCCCCGAUGUGGUUGUUGACUCUUCACAUUGGGCGCUUGAACGGGUGCUUCAACGCGAUGUUUUGCCAGUCUUUUCGGAUUUCGUCUUUCGGCUUCAACACAAUGGACUUGGCUUUCGCUACAAGUACAAGUGGCACACGGGCGAAGUCACUUGUGUUCACGGUUGCGCAACUUCGGAAACUCCACUCCAUUUACUAUGGGAUUGCUACAUGGCCAAGCGUUUGUGGCAUCUUUUUCUUCCUAUGUUCUCUCGGCUUUUUCAGUCUGAUAUUGGAUGGCCCCAAGUUCUCUUCCUACACAACUUGGUUGUUCCGGCCCAUCACACUUUGAUUUUUGGCUCGCUACUUCCGGUUCGACUCUUCAAUGUGGUCCGCAGUGUUCUUUUACGGACACUUUGGCUAAAUCGCAACAAGGCGAUUUUCGACCCCCCGGCUUUACAGUUUAUGGGAGUCUUUCGUCAAUGUUUGACUUUGGUGCGUCUACAUCUUCAGCGUUUGUUCAAGACGAUGACUCACUCGCGCAAGAAAGAUUCCACUCUGCACAAGUCUCAACUUUUGGCCUUCAGUGAUGAAUGGUAUCGUGACUUUGCCGAAGAUCCGUUCUAUCUUCUUGCGGGUUAA